CUAAAUUUGUCAUUCGUGAAACAUCAUUUCCUCGUGAAACAACAUAAUCACUGUGCAGAAAUUUUUCUGGAUUUGAAAUUUACCUGAAUAAUUAAAAAAAUAGUUACAUAUAUAAUUAAAGGAGACAAGAAUACUAAUAAAAAUGUUUGAAAAUCGUGCUAAUGAAAAUCGCCCAAAUAUGCCAAUGAACCGUGCAGGCGGUGGUGGUGGUGGCUUCCGCGACCAGCAACAUCGUUCUGGUGGUGGACCCAUGCGCAAUGGUGGUGGUGGUGGUGGUGGCGGCGGCAUGCAACACAAGCGCCCAACACCCUAUGGUCGCCCACAAAAUAAUCAAUACAAUAAUAACAAUGAUCGUCGUCCCUAUGACAACAAGUCCAAUUCACCGGGCAGAGUAAAUGGCGAUAAUCUGCCAAAUAUUGUGUGGUCGGAAUUGACCCUAACGCCCAUCCAGAAGAAUUUCUAUAAGCCCUGUGAGUCCGUAGCAGCUCGCACCCAGACAGAAGUUGAUGGUUUCUUGUCCUUGAAUGCCAUUACAUUGAAGGGCUCAAGCAUUCCAACGCCCAGCAUGGAGUUUUCGGAGGGCGGUUUCCCCGAGUACGUUAUGGAUAGCAUUAAAAGAAUGGGUUUUGACAAGCCCACGGCCAUUCAAGCACAGGGUUGGCCAAUCGCUCUUAGUGGGAGAGACAUGGUGGGCGUGGCUCAAACCGGCUCGGGUAAAACGUUAGCAUAUGUCUUGCCAGCCGUGGUUCAUAUCAAUAAUCAACCACGUUUGGAACAUGGCGACGGCCCGAUCGCUUUGAUUCUAGCGCCCACUCGUGAACUUGCUCAGCAAAUCCAGCAAGUUGCAAACGAUUUCGGCUCUCACACUCAUGUGCGUAAUACAUGCAUUUUUGGGGGCGCUCCUAAACACUAUCAAUCACGUGACCUGGAGCGGGGAGUCGAAAUCGUUAUUGCGACUCCUGGACGAUUGAUUGAUUUUCUUGAACGUGGUGUCACCAAUCUGAAACGCUGCACAUAUCUGGUUCUCGACGAGGCCGAUCGUAUGUUGGACAUGGGUUUUGAACCUCAAAUACGUAAGAUUAUAAAACAAAUACGUCCCGAUCGUCAAGUUUUGAUGUGGUCCGCCACAUGGCCCAAAGAAGUGCGCAACUUGGCCGAAGAGUUCUUGGACAAUUACAUACAGAUCAAUAUCGGCUCUCUAACGCUUUCGGCCAAUCACAACAUCUUGCAAAUAGUCGAUGUUUGUGAAGAAAAUGAAAAAGAUUUCAAGCUCUUGAAGCUAUUGGGUGAAAUUUCAUCGGAAAAAGAUACCAAAACCAUUAUCUUUGUGGAGACAAAGAAGCGUGUCGAUGAGAUUACCCGUUCCAUAUCGCGUCAGGGAUGGCGUGCGUGUGCCAUUCACGGCGAUAAGUCGCAACAAGAGCGAGACUUUGUUUUAGCAUCAUUCCGCAAUGGCCGCAAUGCCAUUUUGGUUGCAACAGACGUGGCUGCCCGAGGAUUAGAUGUCGAUGAUGUUAAAUUCGUCAUCAACUAUGAUUACCCAUCAAACUCGGAAGAUUAUGUUCAUCGUAUUGGGCGCACUGGACGUUCGAAUAACACGGGAACGGCAUACACACUCUUCACAAAUUCAAAUGCAAACAAAGCCAAUGAUCUGAUACAAGUGCUAAAGGAGGCUAAUCAGGUCAUUAAUCCUCGCUUAAUGGAUAUGGCUUCGUCGUCUUCACGACGAGGAGGUGGACGCUCUCAUAAUUCGCAUGGCGGAUUCAAACAGAACAAUUACCAACGCUUUGGACGCCCCAAUAAUAAUGGCAACAACUAUGGUCGCCCAUCUGAUCAACAACAUCAUCAACAGAGACCGUCCUACUCACAGUAUACCCCACAACAUGCCCAAGCAGCAGCAGGUGGUUAUCAGCACAACGCACAACAACAAAUGACCAGAACCAAUGGUCAGCAGUCAAGAUUCUCAACAGCACCUCCCCAUCAUCAACAGCAGCAGCAACAGCCACCAGCACAGCGUCAACAACAGCCACCACCACAACAUCAUCAACAGGCUCCUCCACCAAAUCAUCAUCAGCCACCUCCAACUCAUCAUCAGCCCAGCUAUGAAUCAACAGAUAAGAAAUCUCGUUUUGGACCAGCCCAAGUUGUUGUAGGAGGACAGUAUGCGAAUUAUUUGCCCAAAACUCUAGCUGCUGGCGGCUAUGUUCAACAAGCUCCCCCUCCUCUACCCACAGCUGCGUAUGUCGUUCCCGCAUCAGCUUACGCCUAUCCCCCGCCCCCAUUACCGGUUCAAAACUAAGGAACCAAAUAAAAGAGGCUUUUUUAACUAUUUCCAAUUCCAAACCAAUAACGUUGUUGUAACAGAACACAACAACUUAAUUUACCUAGAAUGUACUACUAUUACUUUAAUACUAAUAUUUUUUUGUCGUGUCGUCGUGUCGCAUCGUCGUCGCAACAAUGGACAAAUGUUGAAGUAUUAUUAUCUUUACAAAAUUAGAUUUUUGUAAUUGUGAAUUCUUUACCAUUAAUUUUUUUUCUUCUCCAUUUGGUUGUCAUUUUUUCUUUCGGUUAUAUUCUUAAUAUUCUUUUUAAUUUGUACGCUUUGUUUUAUUGAACAAAAUAAGAUUUGAUUUUAUUAUAUCUCAAAAAUAUCUAAGAUAUUCAUCGUGG